AUGUGCUCUUUGCUAAUCCAGACCUACUCCUCCUUUGAUUUCACGUUUGGAAAAUGUGUUGUGUGUUCUCUCUCUCCUAUCCCAGGAGAAGAUGUUGAAGAAAUAGCUUGCACACAGAAUGGCCAGAUGUACCUGAACAGGGAUAUUUGGAAGCCCUCACCAUGCCAGAUCUGUGUCUGUGACAACGGAGCUAUUCUUUGCGAUGAAAUCCAGUGUCAAGAUGUGCUGGAGUGUGAGAACCCACAGGUGCCCCCAGGAGAGUGCUGUCCUGUGUGUCCCCAUACAACACGUGAUUUUGACACCACCAUUGGUAGAGGAAGAAAGGGACAAAAAGGGGAACCUGGAAUAGUGCCACCUGUUUCGGGAAUACGAGGCCGCCAGGGACCAGCCGGACCUCCAGGCUCACAAGGACCACGAGGAGAACGAGGACCAAAGGGAAGACCUGGUCCUCGCGGUCCUCAAGGAAUUGAUGGUGAACCUGGUAUACCUGGCCAGCCUGGUGACCCUGGUCCCCCAGGGCAUCCUACCCACCCAGGACCAGAUGGAAUAAGCAGGCCAUUUUCAGCUCAGAUGGCAGGACUGGAUGAGAAAUCUGGACUUGGCAGUCAGAUGGGACUGAUGCCUGGUGCAGUGGGUCCAGUGGGUCCAAGAGGUCCUCAAGGUCUCCAAGGAAAACAGGGUGGUGCUGGCCCCACAGGCCCACCUGGUGAACCUGGGGAUCCAGGACCUAUGGGUCCGGUUGGUUCCCGUGGACCAGAGGGACCUCCAGGCAAACCUGGUGAAGAUGGUGAACCUGGCAGACCAGGACAGUCCGGUGAGCCUGGAUUUCCAGGAUCUCCAGGGCCUCGAGGCUUUCCUGGUGCUCCUGGUCUCCCAGGUCUCAAGGGGCACAGGGGACUGAAAGGACUUGACGGUCCAAAAGGUGAAAUUGGAGCAGCUGGAGCAAAGGGAGAAUCUGGACCAACAGGUGCCAUGGGUGCAGCAGGUCCCCUAGGACCUAGAGGAAUGCCAGGAGAAAGAGGUCGAAUUGGACCACAAGGUGCCCCUGGUGGACGUGGCCAGCAUGGUAUGCCUGGGAAGCCAGGGCCAAUG